AUGUCCCCAUCACAGCCUUACGCUCAGCCUGACCCAAACAUCGAAGCCCAAUCGUAUGGUCCACUACCCGACACGGCACCGUUCUCUCAAGCGACGGAAAAGACCGGAACCCGGUUUGCCCCUAAGAAGAGACUCAAUGAUCCAAUAUUUCUAAUUUUGUUCAUCGCCGCCGUCGCUGGCUUUGCGGUGGUCAGUGGCUUGGCCAUUAGCAGCUUCAUCUCUGUCAAUGGGCUAGGCGGGGGAUUUGGAAGCGCAUCCAGCGGACAGACGGGUAGCUCAGUGACACUCGACUAUCAUGCUGCAUACUUGCUACUGGUGGUCUGCUGCUUGGGCUUGUUCUUUGCUGUGAUCUGGCUCAUGAUAGUUCGGGCCUUCACAAAAGUCAUACUGGAGAUAACGCUAGUACUCACCGUGUUGCUGAACAUUGGAAUUUGUAUCUGUAAGCUCACUCCGCAUUAUUGGUCCGGCGCUAUCAUUUUCCUGGUCAUUGCAAUCCUCUCCGUGGUAUACUACUGGGCCAUGCGUCGACGGAUUCCAUUCGCCAAAAUGCUCUUACAGACCACGAUCGACAUCACCAAACAUCAUCCCUCGGUGUAUGUUGUCGUACUUCUCGGCUUGAUCUUGCAAACUGCAUGGUCAUUCUGGUACGCAUUCUCAGUUGUGGCCAUAUAUGUCAAGUGGACACCGGGUAGUGCGGCGUGUACAAGCACCUCGUGUUCUUCGUCCAAAGUAGCCGGUCUCAUAGUCUAUCAAACUUUUGCUUUCUACUGGGUGUCGCAAGUCAUCGCUAACGUGGUGCUUUGUACCCUCGCGGGUGGGAUAUACGGCGGUUGGUACUACUACGGUCCUAGAGCGGGUAACCUCGGCCUUCCCAAGCGCGCCACCCUCAAGGCAUUUGUGAGAAGUAUCACCUUCUCACUCGGUAGUAUCGCCUUUGGAUCGCUCAUUGUGACUAUAUUGGAGAUGUUAAGAUUAGGCUUGCAGGCCCUGCAGCAGUAUGAGGCCAGCGAGGGGGAUGUGAUAGGACAGAUUCUUGCGUGCUGCGCGGUAUGUUGUGUCAGCAUCAUUGAUGGUCUUGUCCAAUGGUUCAACAAAUGUAAGUCUUUUGUUUCUUCACAUCUCUACAAAUAUAUACCCGCUGCUAAAGAUACCUGGCGUUUGUUGCGCGAUCGCGGUAUCGACGCUAUGGUGAAUGAUUCCCUUGUGGGAUCUGUGAUCAUGUGGGGAGCAUAUAUCAACGGGUUUCUAUGUGCUCUUUUCGGGUAUAUAUACUUACGAUAUACCGACCCAUCAUAUAAUUCUUCCGGUCAAUAUUCAGCUCCUAUAAUAUUAUACUCUUUUUUGAUCGGUAUCAACAUGGGUUACACGAUAGGAUCAGCUAUAGAAGCUGGUGUUUCUACCAUUUUCGUUGGAUUAGGAGAAGAUCCUAUGAUAUUGGCAGAGAGAAGUCCGGGGUUGUUCGAAAUGAUCAGAAAGAGUUAUCCUAGGGUCGUGCAAGGUGUUCCUAGUUGA